AUGUUUCAUAAAAAUAAAGAUAAAAGGGUCUCUGACAAGCAUUUGACCUAUGAUCUGAAUUUAGAAAGAGCAAAUUUUAGUGAAUGUUUAACACAUAAUAUGAAUUUAGAAGGAAUAAAAGAAGUCAAACAAAAUUCUGUUACUUCAAAGAAUCAAAAUAAAGGUAUUCAUCAAACUGUUAUUAAGCGAUAUUAUCUUCCGCACCAAACUUUUUUUAUUCAAGAAGAAAACAAUCAGCAUACUUGUUCAGAUAAUCUAAAAGAGGAUAUUGGAAGACGAGAUACAGAAAGUUUUCCUAUGACAAAUCAAUCAAGAACUGAUAAUGUUAUAGAAUUGAAAGUAAAAAAACCUAAUAUUCACUUGCUGAAUAAUCUAUUUUCCUUUAAUGAUAGGAAGAAAACUGUCAUGAGUACUUCUGUAGUGACAAUAUCAGCAGAAAACUUGCCUACAGGAAAUAACGAUUUGAAAUGGCAGAUUUAUGGUUUACAAAAACAAAAUGAUCAAUUAAAGUGUCAAAAUCAAGAAUUCGCUAAUAAAGUAGAAACAUUGAAGAUAAAAAUCAAGAGUUUAGAAGAUGAAAACCAGAUGUUAAUUGCUAUAAAUAAAGCAAACAUUCAAGAAAAUGAAUAA